UACCCUGUGCAGGACGGUCAGCCAGCAGAGCACAGGUGGUCUGUGCAGUGGGCCUCAGCCAGAAGCAUGACCUCUCGCCUGGUGAGUGUCCUUCCUAGGGCACUGGCAGCCUGUCCUGCAGGGCUGGGGAGCCCCUAGGAGACUGGAGGGUAGACACUCCAGGAGGGGGUGUCCAGGGGUUCCUACCCCUGGCCACCUCAGGCUCAGGAAGGCUUAGUGAUCUUCCUGGCCAGACCCAAGUGGACCCUGUCCUGGUCCCACGGUGGUACAUGGUGGAGGGCACGGGGGGACAGCAGGGGCCACAGGAGGCUCUGAGAACAUGGCAGUAAGGGUACACCUUAGGGUGUCCUGGGUCCCCAAUUUCUGAGCUGUGGAACUGACUGAUUUCCCGACUUCACCUCAAAGCUCCCUAAAUGUAGGUCAUGAACUGAGCUUGGGGCGGGGACACUCCUGUAGAAGUCACUGAGGCCACGUCUUAAUGGUUGUCACCUGCUGAUAAAGGUCGGGAGUCGGUGGCUCCAGGCUCAGAAAUAGACUUGGCUCCUUGGGGUGCAAUGAGCCCCACUCUCUCAGGGGUCUCCUGAGACAGACAAAGGGACGUUCCCAGCAGCCCAGCUCCCUCCUCGCCUCUUUGGACACCCCUGUGGCCAGUCUCAGAGGAAGGACCCAUGAGACCCAGAUUCAAACCCAGCUCCUUCGUGAGCGGGAAAAGUCUCCCACCCCAUGGAGCCUCGAUGACUUCUUGGUUGGAAGCGCUUCCGUUUCUCCUGGGCGUGGCCAGGGAUGGGCUUGCUGGGUCACGGGGUGAGUCUGUGCUGACCUUUUAAAGACAGCGCCAGCUGUUUUCCAAAGUGGCUGCCGUCUGCAUUCCACCAACCCCUGGAAGGGUCCCAGUUUCCCCAGCUCUUCACCAACACUUGCCGUCGUCGUUGACUGUCCCUGGAACUGUAGUCACCCAGCAUGUGAAGUGGGCUUCCGCUGUGGCUUCAUUGGCAUUGGCCUGAGGACUGCUGCUGUGGGAAGCCUACAGCCGGCAUCAGCGUACAUCUGUCUCCUUUGGUGAACGUCCACUUGGAUCUGUCGCCCAUUUGUGAAUUAGGUUAUUCAUCUUCGUAUUAAGUUGUAAGCGAGGUUCAGUGUUCUGGGCUGGAGUCGGCUCUUGGGUGCAUGAUCUGCAGAUGUCUGUACAUCCAUGCGGGAUCCUCACUGGGCCAGGAGUGCCUUUCGGAGCCCAGCGGUGUUAACUUUCCUGUGUGUCCAUUUCCUCCUCUGCUGCUUGAGCUUCUGGGAUUGUAUCUGAAUGUUCUUUGACUAAGUCAAGGCCUGGAAGGAGCCACCUGUGUUUCCUUCUGAGCACUUAAGCCCUGCGUGAAGGUCUGUGACCCCUUGUGAGUUCGUCUUGUUGUGUAUGGUGUGAUGAAGGAUUGAGAUUCCUCGUUUUGCGUGUGCAUAGUUACAGUGUGAUUUGUUGGGGAAAAAAGAAAAAAACACAAAGGGCUGGGGACACAGCUCAGUUGGUAGAGGGCUUGUCCCCCAUGCACAGGGCCCUGGGUUCAUCCCCAGCACCACACACACACACACACACACACACACACAGACUGUUCUUUUCCCCAUUGAGCCACGUGUCACCUUUGUGGAGACCCAGCUUUCCCUCCUGCUGUCCUGGCCCUGUGGAACCUGACAUCAGCCACUGCUCUUGCGUAUGAUUGCAGUCAGUGGCCCGAUUUACCAAGAGGUGCAAGGACACCGCCCCCCCCGAAUGUUCAGUCAAAGCCAGCGUCAGUGUGACCAACUGUGGUGCCGUGGUCUACCCGGACAGCAGUUGGCCCAGCUGUGUGACCUGCUCAAGUGUCCUCCUCCCUCCCUGCCUCAGUUUCCCCAUCAGUGAACCAGGGAUGAUAACAGCUCCUUCCCUCCCAGGUUUACAAUACAAAAUAAAUGAACCGUUGGGGUACCAGGUGCCCCCGGGGAGCCCAGGCGGUUAACAUUGGCUGGAACAUGGAUGAGCUGCUACUUCCUGUGUGCCGCCACCUCUUUGGGCUCAAGUUGUUGAGCCUGGUUCCACAGGCUCAAAACGAGAGGGUUGGCCUGCAGUAUCCGGGAAGCAGCCGCUGCAGCUCACAAAUCCGGCUGCUUCUGGCAUCAACGCCAAGUGGCCACAGACCUGGGGACAUGCACUUCCUCCCCCAGGUAGGCCUAGCAAGCACAGGCCCUUCCUGGUGCCAGGGAGACCUAUGGGAGUCCUCUGAUAGUCACACGGAGAGAGAGAGAGCCGGGGACCUUGAAAAGACUUGGAACCCUGCUCCUCUCUCCGUUGGGUUUGUAUUGGAUUCAAGUACCAAUCGUGCACACCCGCACCCACACGCACAGACACGCAGGCGGGUGCACACAUCUGUCUGCACACACCAACCUGCACAGACGCACACAGGCGCUGCCUGGCGAGCUCCUCCCUCCCCCGCCGCCUCCUCUUUGAUUCACAAGGUCCCUCCCCUCAAGGCCAUGCUUCGUCCCUGCCCUCCCCAGGUGAGUGCUUCCGAUUGCACCCUCCCACCCCCACCUGGACCCUAACAUGUGCCUCGGCCUCCGUCUUGGCACUAUUGACAUUUUGGCCAGCUCCCCCUUUGGCACGGGGCCCAUUCUGUGCCUCCCUGGCCUCUGUCCAGCCUAGAGCACCUCCUCUCCAGGUGUGACCUCCAAAAACAUCCUCAGAUGUUGCCAAAUGUCCUCUGGAUGCCAAACCACACCCCAUAGAAAACCACUGUCCUAAAGGCUGUGACUUUUCAGUGAUUGGGGACAGAGUGGGCCUUGGUGGGCAGAGGUCGGGGAGAGACCUGGAGCGCAUGCUUCAGUGUAUCCCCGACUAAGACUCCCGUGUGCCCUUGUCUCCAGGGUCUUGCCCACUCUCCUGAGAGCGCUCGGGAAGCUGCGUGUGUCCUCCUGCCCUCGUAGGUUCCCCGUGAACAGCAGUGGCCUCUAUGGUCCCCGGUCAAUAGAAGCCUCACUCUGGCUGCAGCCGCUUGCCCUUGGAAGAAGAGCUCACGGGAAGGCAGAGAACCUCAGAGAGAGCCCUGCUGCCCGGCUCCUCGCCCCACGACCCAGUCACGCUGCUGAGGCAGAAGCACACGAUGCUGAAAGUCGGAGAACGCGAAGACGAUAGCCCUCUGCCCAGGAGGCCCAACCUGCAGUGGAGAGCCCAGCAGCUGCUGCACCUGGCCCAGGAGCUGCAGGCGGAGUGGCAGGAGGCCCAGUUCCUCGAGGACCCGGAGCAGCUCUGCUCCACCCACGUGCUGGGGGGGGCCACAGCAGGGUGGGCGGUGGAGAACCAGGCCCAGGCCCAGGCCGAGGCCGACCUGGAGAAGCCUGCCCCGCGAGGAGCAGAAAGGUCCCCGAAGGUGAAGGAAAAGCACAAAGUGGCCCUUCGAGAACCCAAGAGUCACCAGGAAGAGCCGCCCAGGCAGCAAGCCCGACGCCCCAAGCCCCAGAGGAAAGCAGUGGGCUCCGAGAGGCAGGGGGACACCAAACCCCGGGGUCUGGGUCCCACCGAGAAGAGUAAACGGAAACGGGUGCCUUCAAGCAAGACCAGCAGCGGCCGCCAGCCUGUGACCCCUCGGGUGGGCAGAAGUGUGAAGCCACAGCUGGCCACGGGGGGAGAACUCAGGGGCCUGCAGGAGAAGCAGAGAGCCCGGGAGGGGAGGAGGAAGGCGGGAAAGGGCACCACCGUUCACUUUGCCAGAGGCCUGAGGAACAUCUCCGAGAACCAGGGUCCCAGGGACAGACUGGAGGAGUUCCAGCGGCUGUGGCCAGCGAGCUCCACCCACAAGAGGGAAGCCGUGGCCCCCACGACUCCAGACAAGUGCAUCACCAAGAACAGGUGGCAGAGAGAGCUGGAGUUGGCCUUCGAGCAGCUGUUUAAUUCAAACAGGAAGCUCAAGAGGCACUUGAAUCAGCACCUGGACUCAAGGUCCAGGACGGACCCUGACCCCCAGGAGCAGGUCUUUUCAGUCAUGCAGGGGUGCGAUAGUGACACCCCACAAGAGGGGGCGGCCGAAGUGGAGUCGCUGCCUGCUGGUGAGUCCGGGGAUCCUGCAGAGGCCGAGGUCUCCCAGAAGUCAUCCCAGACCGAUUUGAAACAAUCACGAAGCACGGACGAACUCCCCAGAUGCCAUCCGAUGGCCCAGCCUGCAGUGAAGGACGGAAGUCAGACAUCGUUGGCCGAGGCGGACACGGCUAUCGACGAAGAGGACUUGCUCUUUAAAAGCACCGAGUGUGAGCAGGAGGCCUCCGAGCUGGCCACACUGAUGGACAGCUGCCCCCAGCCUCACCUGCAGGAGCAGGCGCGCGGAGCAGACUGGAUGGCCUUCGCACAGAAGCCGCCGAGGCUGGAGCUGGAGUGGAGGAGGCAGAAGCCCUCGUUUGAGUCCGUGGAGCUCCCAGACAUGAGCUUGGAGAUCCACUACUCGGCCGAGCUGGAGGAAGAGCGGAAGGAGCGGAGGAGGUUGCGCCUGGCCCUCCUGAAGUCCUACCCCAGCAGUUACCAGAUAAAGGGCGGAGUGUCCCCGUCCCCGGUUAAGCUCACCUCCUCCUCGAACAGCAGCAUCAUCGAAGACGAGGACAAGCAGAACCAGAUGAUCCGCGACAUUCAGCUGCAGAUUUCAGAGCAGAACAAGUUGCACGAGCAGUUUCUGGAAAAGGCCAGGAAGCGCUUGCUGGAGUUUCAGAGAAUAUGUUAAAAGGCGAUGGUCCACCCUGCAAAAUACAGCACUGAUCACGGUUC